AUGCAGGCUACUACUUCUUGUCUUUCUAAGUCCUCAGCUUCAGCUCCUCCACCACAACAUCGCUUCUCCAGCCACCUAAUAGGUGGGAGAAAGGGUUUGGGAGGAGCAAAGACGGUAAAUGUCAAAGUAAUGGCUUCAAAAAGAUCAUCAGGGCCAUAUAGUCACAAUUUCGACGGGAAGCUAGUGGAUGAGAGCAUGAUAGUGUUGAGAAAGCGGAUUCAGGAGAUGCAGAGGGUGGAGAAGAGUUAUGAGCCUCCCCAGCAUUGGAUGGAGUGGGAGAAACAAUACAAGAAAGAAAAGUACGACCUCGAUGUUUGCCAAGCUGUGGGGAGCUUGCAAUCCAAGCUCAUGGAAACCAGGCCUGCCGUUGCUUUGGGGAUGGCUCUUCUUCUUCUCUUUAUCUUACCAACUUCAAUCGCCGCACUUCUCUUUCAUCUUAUCCCUAAUUCCCUAUGA